AAUUAUAUUAAACAUUUUGUAUAAAAGCCUUAAUUUAAGUAAAACAGCAACUGUAACGCCUGCAAAAGAACACGUGCCGCUAUUGACCCGAUCGAAAAGCCAGCUGCAAACACCAAGAACCAAAACAAACGCAGCAAAGAGAAGAGAGAGGGAAGAAAAGAGAGGCAAGCAAGCUGUAUUUGUUAUAAUUGUUCAUGUAGUCGAAAAACAGACGUUCAUCGAGCUAAAGUUAUUAAUGUAUUGGAGCAGCGUCAGCGCCAGAUAAAGAUACUCAACGUUAAUAUUGAUAAGCCAAAACAACAACAACAAUAACAAACAGCCAGUCAGCCAGUUAUCAAAGAUGGGACAGACGCUGUCGGAGCCGGUGACCGCCAAGGAGUCAUCAUAUUGCCAGAAUCAACAGUAUCGCGUUGGCAGCAGCUGCAUGCAGGGAUGGCGCAUCAACAUGGAGGAUUCACACACACACAUACUCUCGCUGCCGGAUGAUCCGACAGCGGCAUUCUUUGCCGUCUAUGAUGGACAUGGCGGUGCCACAGUCGCCCAAUAUGCGGGCAAGCAUUUACACAAGUUCGUUCUCAAGCGGCCCGAAUACAAUGCCAACGACAUUGCCAAGGCCCUCAAGCAGGCAUUUCUCGAUAUUGAUUAUGAAAUGUUGCACAAUGAGUCAUGGGGCGAACAAAUGGCUGGAUCAACGGCUGUCGUUGUGCUCGUCAAGGAUAAUAUGCUUUAUUGUGCCAAUGCCGGCGAUUCGCGGGCUAUUGCCAGUGUCAAUGGACAACUGGAGACACUAUCCGUUGAUCACAAGCCAAACAAUGAGUCCGAGUCCAAACGCAUCAUCGAGGGCGGCGGCUGGGUGGAAUUUAAUCGUGUUAAUGGCAAUCUUGCCCUCUCCCGUGCACUUGGCGACUUUGUGUUCAAGCGUGCAAACAAAAAGCCGGAAGACCAAAUAGUCACAGCCUAUCCGGAUGUGGAGACGCGUCAGGUGAUGCAGGAUUGGGAAUUUAUAUUACUGGCAUGCGAUGGCAUCUGGGAUGUGAUGAGCAAUGAGGAAGUAUUGCAAUUCUGUCGUACACGCAUUGGUCUUGGCAUGCAGCCGGAGGAGAUCUGUGAAGAGCUGAUGAAUCAUUGUCUGGCGCCGGAUUGCCAGAUGGGCGGUCUGGGUGGUGACAACAUGACCGUCGUUUUGGUUUGCCUGCUCCAUGAUAAGCCCUACAGUGAUUUGGUUCAACGUUGUGCGAGUACGAGCAAAUCAUCAUGUCCAGAUGCGGAUGCAGAUGCGGAUACAGUAACAACAGCACCAGCUCCAGCUCCAGUUCCAGGUUCAGAACCAGCGACAGCACCAACUGUAGCGGAAGUAACGCCUGUAACCACGGAACCUUAAACCAAUCCCAAACGAUGUUAAACCGGCAAAACAAAUUCGCUGCUGGCAGCAUACAAAAGUCUGUUCCCAAUUACGAUUCCGUUUGAUAUUUCCAACAACUACAAUUAAUGUCACUUUAAUUUAACCUUUUUACGCAAGAAACUUGCUGCCAGUACUCUAGACUGGAAUUCAAUUUGUUUUAUGUUAAUUCUCAAAUGAAAUCGUAAUUCAGAAUGGUCUUGAUUUUCUAGAGCGCCUUACAAUGCCAUUCAAGGUGAAAAUGAAAUGUGUACUUAACGCGCCUGUUUUCGCUUAAGUUUACAACACAUACUCGUACAAUCCUUACCAAUUUGUUUUCUAUCCCUUCCCCAAUCAUCAUUAAGAGUGUAAUCCUCCCGAUAGAACCUAAAAACAUUGUUUGUUCUGUCACAAAAAAAAAAUUGUAUUAAUCGUUUAGUAUUUAUAUAUUGUACCUAUACUUUGACCUAUUGAGAGUUUUUUGGGAUUGGUCUUUUAAAUGUCAGCAAAAAAAGAAAAACAAAAUUUUUAGAAGAAAGUGUUGAGAGUAAUUGUAAUAAUAAUAAAGUAAAAGUGUUUUUGUAGUGCCCAAAAAAAUCGUUGCAAAUUCCAUUGAGUAUACGGUUUAACUACGGGUUCGAUCCAAAGUAGUCAUGCUAGAGGCCUUUUUACAUCGCAAUAAUAAAUAUAUGAUAUGAUAUGAUAAAA